AUGGGAAAAAAUACUUCGUUCCUCGUGGUGAGGCAUUUUAUCAAGAAUCAUGAGCACUCAGCUCAAGAUGUAUUGGAGAGUACUCACUCUUUCAGGUCUAAUUUGGUAUCUUCAAUUAUUGUCGACAAGUUGAGAUUAACUCCUGACAAGUUGCCUAAUGACAUACGAAAUGACAUUUUCAAGGAAUACGGAUUUUCACUAACAUAUCACCAAGCUUGGGCUGCAAAGGAGAAAGCAUUAGCUGAAAUUAAUGGCGUACCUAAAGAUUUAUAUAUGUUAAUUCCUUGGAUAUGUAAUCGUCUAGUGGAAACUGAUCCACAAACAAUUGCAAAAUUGACAUGCUCUCCUGGUUAUCAAUUUGAAAAGCUUUUUAUUGCAUAUGGGUGUUGUGUGACAGGUUUUCAUCGUGGAGCAAAGCCUAUAUUAUUUAUUGAUAGUUGCCACUUAAGUGGUCCAUACAAGGGAACUCUUCUAGCUGCCUCUACUUGCGAUGUAAAUAAUGACUUAUUUCCGAUUGCGUAUGCAAUUGUUAGUGCUGAAAAUAAUGAGAAUUGGCUUUGGUUCCUAUCUAAUUUAAAAGAAUUAACUGGGUCAAUUCCAGUUACAUUAAUAUCUGAUAGGCAUCCAUCAAUUAUUGCAGCUGUGGAGCAAGUAUAUGACAGUGAAGUAAAAGAAGAUGCAAAAAAGCUACUAGAUGCAGUUUGCUAUACCCGUUUUAGCACAGAGUUUACAGAAGCUGUGGAACAACUUCGUGCAUUUUCACCAGAACUUGCAAAUUGGUUAGAGACUAAAGGAGAUAUUAACAAAUGGGCAAAGUUUCAAUUCCCUCAUUGA